UUUCUAUUUAAUCAUGGCACCAUUAGGGAGGGGAUGGGAAGAAAGUGCUAAGCUACCCGAAACAUAAACCAAGUCGGCAUUUGCGCUGCACCGGAACAAGUAAGCACGCCAUCCUCUGUGCACACUCACCCACCAGAGGAGGCCAGCCCAGCCGGGACCAUGAGCGAGCGUGGCCCUCGCACGGAGGCCUCCAUGUUUUUGCAGGUGGAGGUGGACCACCUUGAGCGCGAUGACAAAGAGGACAACGAUGAAGACAAGAUGGCGCACUACGACGACGACGACAAAGAUGACGAUGACCUGAUGUCGGCACCCUCGGGCUCCCGCGUCUACGACCGCACUACGGUGCUCAUCGAGCAGGACCCCAUCCGGCUGGACGAGGAGGGAGAGGAGGACCAUGGACACUGUGUCGGGGGGGACCACGACGAUGGGGGCACUUUCCUGGUUGAUGAAGAGGAGGAGGAGGAAGAUGAGGAAGGCUCUAUGACCUUCAUGGGCGACCAGGACGGCAUGUCGCAGGGAUACGUGCAUCACACCAUCUCGCCCGACCAGAUCCAGUUCAUCAUCAACCCGGGGUCCAUGGCCAUGCCACGCAACAUCGAGGGGGCCACCCUCACCCUGCACUCGGAGUGUCCGGAGACCAAGCAAAGAGAGGUGAAGCGGUACCAGUGUAUGUUUGAGGGCUGCACACGGACCUACAGCACGGCGGGCAACCUGCGCACACACCAGAAGACCCACCGGGGCGAGUACACGUUUGUGUGCAACCAGUUGGGCUGCGGCAAGGCCUUCCUCACCUCCUACAGCCUGAAGAUCCACGUGCGCGUUCACACCAAGGAGAAGCCCUUUGAGUGCGACGUGCAGGGCUGCGAGAAGGCCUUCAACACUCUGUACAGACUGAAAGCGCACCAGAGACUGCACACAGGGAAGACGUUCAACUGCGAAUCGGAGGGAUGCACAAAGUACUUUACCACACUCAGUGACCUGAGGAAGCACAUUCGCACUCAUACAGGGGAGAAACCAUUCCGGUGUGACCAUGAUGGUUGCGGCAAGGCGUUUGCUGCCAGCCAUCACCUAAAGACGCACGUGCGGACACACACAGGGGAGAAGCCUUUCAACUGUCCCAGCAACGGCUGUGAGAAAGCAUUCAGCAGCCAGUACAGUUUGAAGAGUCACGUCAGGGGCCAUGGGGACAAGGGCCAGCCCUUCAGUGUCACCCUCACUCACCCCCUGUCCGAGGAUGCAAAUCAUUCACUGUGCCUCAGUGACUUGAGCCUCAUCUCGACUGACUCUGAGCUCAGAGAAAACAUCUACAAUUCUCAGAACUUGGACUUGAACAAUGUUACCCCCGUGAGGAUCUUCGAGCUCAUGUUCCAGAGUCCGGAGAACAGUGUCAGUCAAGACGAUGCACAUCCUCACGAGAGCCUUGUCAAAGCUUUUGGCCAGGAGACUGGUCAGUCCACCAUGGGCGAUGGAUCCACCCCCAUCUCCUUCUCAUUCUCCCUUGUCCCUUCCUCCUCAUCGUCCUGUUCCCACCCACACUAUCACCCUCACUCCGACACCACCUCCACCACUGUCCUGGAGGCUUCCUCCCAGCUCCCUCUUAGCCAAACCCCCUCUUCCCAACCGCCAGCAUCUCCUGCCACCAUUAGUAAUGUUACCGCAAUCAGCUCCACCCAGCCCCUUGCCACCUUCGUACCCUUACCCACUGCCAUGCAGACACCAGAUAUGCCUGCCCCCAACGUGGCGCUGCCCGUCCAGACCACUCCAAUAGUGCCCUCUUCUGCGCCAGUAUUGGUGCCAGGCCCAGCCCUCGCCAACGCGGCUCUGGGCACUGUAGUUGCUGCCACCCCCACAGAGACUGUGCCGCUGCCGGCCGUGGCUCACACACACACCGUGCCUUUGGCCAGCAACACCAACCCUGCCCUGGCGCCCCCAGCCUCUGCCCCCACCAUCGCCCCAAGUCACAGCCACACCCAGAGCCUGCUGCAGCCCAGCAUCGUAAUGUCCGACCAGAACCUGCAGUGGAUCCUUAACACCGCUGCCAACAGCCAACAGAACCCAGAGCAAGCGCCACACGGAGGUCCAAAAGUGGAGAAGGUCUUCUUUACCACAGCCAUACCAGUAGGAGGCAAUUUAGGCAACUCUGUCCAGCAGAUCGGCCUCAGCCUGCCCGUCAUCAUCAUCAAACAGGAGGAGUCCUGCCAGUGCCAGUGUGCCUGCAGGGACUCUUCUAAAGACAAGCUCUCGAACAAGAGCAGCAACGCCUCGGCAGCACCACAACAACAGCCCACAGUCCUCCCCGCUCCUCUACCACCCUCCGCUCCCGUGGCACUGCCCUUUCCCCCCGUACUCCCCCCGGCACCCUCUUCCCCCUUGUGCUGCCUCCUACCGCUCACCUCGGAAGUGAACGAGUCCCCUCCUCUUCCCCAAACAGGAGCGGUACUAGGACCGGGUAGCCCCUCGACCUCUGUACAGACGUUCCCCCCAGGAGUGGCCACGGCGACCACCAACUCCCCUCCUAUCACGUCCAUGGUGGCCAAACCAUCCGUGUCGGAAUUCCUGUCCCUGCAGAGCCCCGAGAGCACGGCCAACAUCGAGGCUCUGCUACUGGUGACCAGCAAUGAUGACUUCACUCUGGCCACCGCUGGCACCAGCACCACCACCAACCCCUAGUGGACACUCAGGCUUCGUCCCUAUUCUCCACUCUUCUCUUGCAUACUCCCAGUCAUGGAUUUAAAAGCAUUUUUGUGUAAGCGUUGGGCAGAGGGAGUUUCUACCAUUGUUAAAUUAAAGGGAGUGUGCAUAUGCACACAUUAGGAGAGGAUAUAGAAUCAGGACGCAGCCGUACUAGCCGAUUUACCCACUACGCAUCCGCUUUUCAAGUAUUGUAAGUGAAACUUAAUGAGGGGGCUUAUUUUGAAAAAGCAGCUAAAUGCAUGCCAGUCAAGAAGUGUUCUUAAUUAGCUGGCUCUCCAUCAAACAAGACAAGGUCCUAAGCACUGAUCAUUUGAAAGGCCCGAGGAACUAUUGUGUGCUUCUAAUAUGGCGUGAAGCUGAUUCCUGAGAGCAACAAAACAUUGUCUAUAUCCAUGUACUGUACAAUAGUUCUUAACUGUAACUAUUAUGAUUAGUUGGUAAGUGAUUGACCAGAAUGCACUGCAUGUGAAGUGAAUUGGAAUUUCAUCAACUAUAUUUCCUACAAGGAAUUAGUGUUGCCAUUCCCUUAAAAGCAAUGUCUUGCUAAUGCCAUAAUGUGAAGAGUAAUUUCCAGUGUUUUACCUAAAUUAGCUAGUGUAGUCCAGAUCAUUGUUUUGUCUUUUGUCUCACUUUGUUCGUUUUUGUCUUUCUUUACAGGCAUAUUUACUAAUUGAAAAAGAUAUUGCCUGUGACGCAAUUUGCUUGCCUUUUGAAUAUAAUUUAGAAGUAAAUGCAUUAGUGAUAAGCCUAUAACUUAAUAUUUAAUUUGUCAAAAAAAUAUAUAUUUAUUGGAGAGAAAAAAAUCUACAUCACUGACAUUAGACUGUCAUCAAGUCACAGCUUAUUCAUCAUCAUUGUAAUCAUUGUUAAUUCAUUCCACUUUUCGCCCAAGGUUUCUUUUUUAGUCCCCCCCCCCCUGUUACUGAUUUUUGUUUUAUGGAGCCCCUCUGUCUGUUUCAGAAAGCUGUUUCAACACAACGCAAUUAAUUGUAUAUCAAAGUUGUCAAAAGUCCUAAAUUGAGUUUUGGUCAGCAAAACCUCUACACAAUGAAAUCAUGAAUCAAUUAUGAAAAUACUUGCUCACAACACUGUUUCUCUGUGAAUUAUGACCCACUCAGGGAUGCAUCAUGGCAUAUCUCAUUUAUACAGCUUGAGAUUUUCCUUUAUUUAAUAAGAGAUUGUCCAUUUUGACAUUUUAGAAGGCAACUGCCCGGAUGCCCAUCGAUUGUAGUAGCCCCCUUUUUCGGCUGCACUCUCCCCUCUUUGUGCACCGUCUAAUAUGACUAGUUAUCUGCGUUAUUACUAUGACUAUUUAAAUACCACUGCUGGCAGAAGGGGUUUCUGAAGGGUGUUGAUGAUGGUGUAAAUACAUUUCAUUUAAAUAUAUGAACACUUAUUCCUUCAGAUUGUUUAAGAAUGUAUUUGUUUUGUAUAUACAUUUUGAAUAUGUAGACCUUGGAGACUAAAGACAAUACCCCCUGCUCUGCCCUUUGUCUUUGCAUUCUGCCCCCAUGCAGAUGCUCUCACAUCUUAUGCAGAAGAGUUUAAAAUUAAGCCUAAUAAUGGUUAGUUUUAGGGCCACUGGCUACUGUGCAGUCAACAUAGUAUUUAUUUUCAAAUGUAAGUGUAAGUAACUUUCUUAGAGUAUAUGACAAUAUUGUUUCACAUGGGACAUAAUGCAAUGAUUACAACUAAAAAAUUGGAGAGAAGGCAUUAUGCCCAAAUAUUAUGUGUAGAGCAACCUUGCCUUACUACAGGAUAUCUCACUUGCUGUGGCUUACUGAGCAGUCUCCUUGUCUUGUCAAUCUUUGCCUAUGGCUUGAUUUGGACACGCUGCUUGACUACGUUCUCCUGUUUAUCUAGUCUUGUUCAAUGCCUUUUAGCAGCUGUCUACAAGUGGACAAAAUUACAUUGAAAAGAAAUGCUUCAUUUUGUUUGAAGAUUUAACAGAUAAAUGUGCCAACAAAUCAAAUGAUCCCAAUUAUUAUUUUUAUGUAAUUUUUUUGUGAAGAUGUUACUGCAGAAAUAUACUGUAGACUGAAAUUGUUUCUCUUGAUUUUUUGUAGUACUGUAUUGGAGACAACUUAAUACUUUAUUCUACAGAUCACUACAUCAAUGUUGUAGUUGGAAAUUAGAAUUACAUCAACAUUUUAAUUGCUACUUCACUGGCAUUGAUUGACAGCAGCUAUCAUGUUCUAUUAUUUAGCAUGUAAAGGGUGACCGAGAUUCAACCUAGGCGUCAUCAUGUAUCAUAGGAUAACAGUACGCAGGAAAUCUUUGUCUGGCAGACCUGAGUAGGAGAAAUGUGUAAACUAACAUGGGCUUUGCCCUUUUCCUGUUUUGAAAUUGAACUGAUACCAAAACUUGAUGAUAACCUGGAAUAUUGAUUAAUGUAGUUAGCACUUAAAAUUGGGUCCACUAGAAUGUGAAUUAUCAAAUAUUAAAUAAUUUGUUUCUUAUUGAUAUUUAUACUAAAUAAAAAAUAUUAACGCAACCAUUUUUUAAAGAUUUUACGGAGUUAGUUCAGAAAAGGAAAUCGGACGUAUUGCCAAAUUCUCUAAAACGAUGGAUGUGGCUUAUGGUAGAGAAAUGAACAUUCAAUUCUCUGGCAAAAGCUCUGGAGGCCAUUUCUGCAGUCAGCAUGCCAAUUGCGCGCUCUCUCAAAACUUGACAUCUGUGGCAUUAUGUGCCCAGCAUAAGGUGCACCCUGUGUAAUGAGCAUGCUUUUUAGUCAGCUUCUUGAUAUGCCACACCUGUCAGGUGUAUGGAUUCUCUUGGCAAAGGAGAAAUGCUCACUAAUAGGGAUGUAAACAAAUGUAUGCACAAAAUUAGAGAGAAGCAUUUUGGGAGUAUGGAACAUUUCUUGGAUCUUAUUUAUUUUCAUGAAACAUGGGACCAACACUUUACAUGCUGCAUUAAUAUUUUUGUUCAGUAUAGGUAUUCCCCCUGACAAUGCUGGUCAAUAACUAAAUGUAUUGUAAAUAUGAAUCCUGACCCACCCUCUUACUGCCCUCAACAUGUUCACCUCCAAUUCGAUGCAUACCUUUUUAAAGAAAAUAUCUAUGCAAUGAUUUGACUGCAGUUUUCCUUAAAGUACAAAAUGCAACAAAAAAAACCUUACCAACCUUUGACGUCAAUGUCUUGGCCAAAGUAAUUCUGUUAAAUCAAUAUUCAGGUUUGCUAAUGUCAACUUUGAAGGCUCAACUUUCUCAUUUGCGAAGCUCCAUGUACGUAACCAUUUUUGCUCACCAAUCUUUCAGUAUUCAACUUAGCGGUAUGACCAACUUAGCAUCCUAUUUUGAUCACCAUGAUCAUCCAUUUUAUGUGAAGGUCCAAUUUAUUAUGUGUGAUGCAUCAUGUUUGAGGUGGGGCUGUGAGCCUGGGCAUUGAAAUGUUUUUUUAUUUUUUAUUAUUACCCCCAUUGCUUUCCAUUGAAUUGUCUCUUUUUUUUUACAUGUACUUGUUUUGCCUCCCAUGUGAGUUACCUGGUUAAACACUAACUGGAUUUGCUUCGGGAAAAAAUUACUACAAUAUGAUUCUGUUGUAAGAAUUAUUUGUGUCAAAUGUUGUACGCUGCAUCUUUUUUAAAGUUUUGGGUGAAAGACAAUCAUAUUUUCUUGUGUUCUCAUACUGUAUGUGCUGUUUUUGCUCAAGUCAUCUCAAUGAACUUUACGUUAAUCUGUAAGGGUGAUACAAAUUUGGACCCGAUUUGUUAGACCCAUUGUUAGAAUUGAAAGUGCUGGUUCUACCUUUGCUAGAAGAUACUGACCCUACUGCUAUGCUUGUUUACACUGAGCUGCACUAGACUCAAAAUGCAAUCAUGGUUACAUUAAGGCACUGGAGCCAGCACAAGAUAUGGGUGGGAAAACACCUCAAUGCAGGGAUGAGAUAUGCCACUGUACUCCAAAAAACUGCCAUUUUCAUCCUCAUGCUAGCUAGCAGUAGCCACAGCAGCCAUUGUGGAAUAGCAGAUACCCACUAGUUACCACAACCACAAAGUCUAAAUUGGCUGUAUUGUAAAACGUCAAGAAAACAAGCUUUCUUACUGUAAGGAAAGGCAUAAGAUUAGCAUUGCGGUUAAGGUUAGGUUUAAAAUUACAUUUUGGGGAGAGAAAUGGAAGAAAUAGGUGGGGUUUAUGACUGAAACUUUUAUUUUCUUAAUUUAAGGUAGGCACUGUGAUUAGGUUUAAAUCACAGUUUGGGAAGAGAAAGGGCAGGGUCUAUGUCUGUAGUAGCUAGUGAUGACCAAGGGCACGUCACAUUGAACAUAAAAAGCUAGCUGAUUGGCUGACUGCCAUUCCAAAAUGGCUAUGGUGAAUACUGCUAGCUAGCAGGAGCACAAAAAUUAUAAAACUAGCAAUAUUUCAAUCUUCUCUGUGGAUCUGUGUAAAGAUAAAAUUGAGUACAGUAGAAUAUCCCAGAGGUUACUUACCUCGCACGAGCUCCGCAGUGGCCAGAGCAGCAGGUAGCCUAGCGGUGUUGGGCCAGUAAUCGAAAGGUCGCUGAAUCGAACCCCCAAGCCAACCAGGUGAAAAAUCUGUCUGUGCCAAUGAGCAAGGCACUUAACCCAAAUUGCUCUGGAUAAGAGUGUUUACUACAUUACUAAAAUUUAAACGUAACCAUGGUUCUGACCCCAGUAGAGCUGUUUAAACAAGGGUUGAGUCUGUCAUGUUCAGCCUUUAUGGAAUAGAUUUUACUUAACCUUUAGGUUAAAUUGUCGGGCGAAUAACAGCUCAAAUGGGGAUUUAUUUUGUAGCCAAUGGUCAGAUGCUUAGAAUGGUGAGUUCAUAGGUUCAAAACACUGUCGGAGGCUUUGAAAAAGCAGUUUUUUAUUUUGGAAUUCUGUUCAUGGUUAAGUACACAUGAUUAUUUGAGCACUCAAUAUGUAAAAUGAGGGGGAAAUGUAAUAAUCCAGAGGAAUGUCUUCAACACCCAAAGAGUGAGGAGUUGUGAAGGAUUUCUAUUUUUAAAAGAAUGUAUCAUGUGAAAUUGGUUUGCUUACGCUUGUUUUGUAUGAAGUAGUAUUGUAUAAUAAAGCAAUUACUUUUUGAAUUGAGAGCAAUAUAAUACUAAUGAAAUCUUAUCCCAUUUUUGCCCAAGCAAAAAAGUUAGAUAAUCCAUGAUAGUUUUUAUUGACAUACAAAAUGAUUCACAUUACCACCAUGAGUAAAAUCAGUCACUUCGGAGCAGGGAAUGAUCCAUCGCUAAGGUUCUUCUCCUGUGGAGUUCAGAGAGAUACUUCGGUUUGGUGGUUGACACAUUUUUCAAAGUUUGAAGCAUGGAGAAACAUACCCUUAAAAUACCCCGCAGGCCCACCUGGUCUUGGGAGGUCUUCAAGUAACUGUGCUGACCAAAACAAGGAGUUUAUGUUUAGGUAAUAAAAUGAAGUUAAGUCACCCUACUAACCAGAGACCAAUAGAAUGUAAAACCUCAUAAUUCAGUAAAGCACAUAAAUGUAGUUGACCAUAAAUAAGGUUAUUAAUUGUAUUUAGAUGAAGCGUCUGGAUACCUUCAGUUUACUACCUCCAAUUAGAGGUACUUUUUGAAGAAGAAAUUAAAGUCCCAUUGCCAACC